AUGACUCCUGUUAUCUUCCUGGUUGUCCUGUGCUUAGGAUUUAGAUCAAGUGCUUCAGCACUUGAUCCCAGUUUGGAUGCUGACUGGGAAGAGUGGAAGAUACUCUAUGAAAAAUCAUACAGCCUGGAGGAAGAAGCAUUGAGGAGAACAGUAUGGGAAAAGAACAUGAAAAUGAUUAAACAUCACAAUGGGGAGAAUGGCCUGGGGAAAAAUGGCUAUACCAUGGAAAUGAACGCCUUUGGUGACAUGACCAAUGAAGAAUUCAAGAAAAUGAUGGUUGAUUUCCCAAUGCGAACUCUCAAGAGGGGGAAAGGCAUCUGGAAACGAUCUCUUAGUGGUUUACCCAAAUUUGUGGAUUGGCGAAAGGAAGGAUAUGUGACCCCUGUGGGGAAACAGGGUAACUGCAGUUCUUGUUGGGCUUUUGCUGCAACUGGCGCCAUAGAAGGACAAAUGUACAAAAAGACAGGCAAACUCAUUCCUCUGAGUGUGCAGAACCUAGUGGACUGUUCUAAACCUCAUGGAAAUAAUGGCUGUGAUUGGGGUAACACAUACUUUGCCUUUCGGUAUGUUUUGCACAAUGGAGGUGUGGAGGCUGAGGCAACCUACCCAUAUGAAGGAAAAGAAGGACCCUGCAGGUACAAUCCUCAGAAUGUAGCUGCUAAAAUCAGAGAAUUUGUGGCCCUCCCAGAUGAUGAGGAUAUUCUAAUGGAUGCUGUAGCAACUAAAGGUCCCAUUCCUGUUGGAAUUGAUGCUUACCAUGAGUCUCUUAUGUUCUACAAAGAUGGCAUUUAUCUUGAACCAAAUUGCAGAAGAUAUAACUUGAGUCAUGCAGUUCUGGUGGUUGGCUAUGGAUUUGAUGGAAAUGAAACAGAUGGCAAUAACUACUGGCUGGUCAAGAACAGCUGGGGAGAAAGCUGGGGCAUGAAUGGCUACAUGAAAAUCACCAAGGACAGAAACAACCACUGUGGAAUUGCUUCAUUUGCCCAAUACCCUCUUGUGUGA